GAAGGGACUCGAAGGUCGGUUCCACCAGAAGACGACGGCGGAUUCCUCUUGACCAGCUGUCGAUUGGCUUUACUGGAAUCGGAGGUCGGUUCCACCAGAAGACGACGGCGGAUUCCUCUUGACCAGCUGUCGAUUGGCUUUACUGGAAGAUUUGUGCUGACGCUGUUUCUGAGGCAAUCUCCUUCGAUUCUGAUUCAUGUGGGUGAAGAGAUUCGAAGUUCGAUUCCACCAGAAGACGACGGCGGAUUCCUCUUGACCAGCUGUCGAUUGGCUUUACUGGAAGAUUCAUGCAUUUCCGAGGUAAUCUUCUUCGAUUCCGGUGAAAAGGUGCUAAGCUUUCGUCCGUCAUAUGACGAACAUCAUAGAAGACGGCGGAUUCCUCUUGACCAGCUGUCGAUUGGCUUUACUGGAAGAUUCAUGCUGACGCUGUUUCCGAGCAACGGCGAAUUUCUCUUGACCAGCUGUCGAUUGGCUUUACUGGAAGAUUCAUGCUGA